UGGGCCGCGCUUCCGCCUCCCUCCCGUCCUCCGUCGCCACGUGACGCGCUGCCGUUUCCUACGUGACUCCCCGGGCCGGUCUCGCGAGGUUUGGGGGGCGGCGCCGCCUGGAGCAGCGCCGGGGCGAGCGGGGGCUGCGGAGGCCGGAGCCGGGAGCGGAGCCGCCGCGGGAGCAGCCCGAGGAGCCCGCAGGCCGGUAUUUCUCAGGAGGAAAUUCCAUCCCCUUAGAACUCAGGAGCCCCGCCAAGAUGUCGGAUAGCGAAGACAGCAACUUCUCCGAGGAUGAGAGUGAGCGGAGCAGCGAGGCGGAGGAGGUAGAGAACGAGGCAGAGGAGGAGCGUGCCAGUGUCGCGGGCAGCGAGAAGGAGGAGGCUGAGGAGGAGGAAGAGGAGGAGGAAGAAGACUACGAUGAGGAGGAAGAGGAGGACGAUGAUGAUCGGCCGGCAAAGAAGCCCAGACAUGGAGGGUUCAUCUUGGAUGAAGCCGAUGUGGACGAUGAAUACGAAGACGAGGACCAGUGGGAGGACGGCGCGGAGGACAUUCUGGAGAAAGGUAAGGCUGUGCCCUCCUCGGGAGGAUCGGCUGGGGAUUCAGUGCAACCCCCGGGGCAUGUCCCCCAUUUUCAGCUAGCUCUGGGGGAAAUAGGGGUCUGCUCUUUAGCCUCCCCGGUGCGAGGCAGGAUGGGGUGUUAGCAGGACUCUCCAGUAUAGACAUUCCAGGUGCGAUGUUCCUGGGUUCCCCAUCUGCUAGUUGAGGGUAAUGCUCCUGUUUCCCAGGGGGAGUGGCUGCUGUUUAGCCAGGGACCAGCCCCUUCUCAAGCUGGAUUGCAAGCCCUGUGGGAUGAGACUGACCAGGGGGCUUUGGGGAUGGGAUGUUGCAGGACAUCCUGUCUGUCUCCCCCAACCCCAGUGCCGUUGCUUUGCUCCUUAUUGUGUCACUCCUCUGCAUGCCCCUCCCCAUCAGCGAACGGUGGAGAACAUCGUUUUACUCCUUUUGAUUUUCCUUUUGCUGAGGAAGAGCUGCGGGGCCCGUGCGGAGGGAGGGAGGCAGGAAUGCUGGCAAGCAGAGCCCUGUAAACCGAUCCCUGCGGCCGGCGGGAGAGGAGCCAUCAAAUCCCAUCGCGGCUGGGAAGCCACUUAAAGGCUGAUCUGCUGCCUGGUUCCUGACAUGUCCCCUCCCCGUCAGAGGGGAAAUCUUCCCUCUCUGCUGCCUUUCCAAAAGACAGGGUGGUCUAGUGGUUAUGGAGUCAGCUAGCCCUAGGUCUGGGAGGGGUGUACACAGAGGGGCUGGGAGCAGGACUUCUGGGCUCUAUUCUCAGCCCUGUCACUGAGUUGCUAUGUUAGGAAGUCACUUCCCCUCCCCGUGCCUCAGUUUCCCUUCACCUAAAACAGCAGGUACUCUAAUAUUCCUCUGUACUGCGCGAUGACGGUUGUCAAUCCACAGAAAUGUGACACUGUGUGGGUUUCGGCGCUCUCGAUUAGCUCCAGCUCACAGCUCCCCUGAGAUUAGGCGGAGGGAGAGGGGAGCUGGCAAUACGUUGCCUAAUUUGCCUUUUAAGAUCACUUGCCGAAGUUGUACUAACGUUCUGGCAGAAGAUUGGGGGCUUUAUGUAGGAGGUGCCACUGCAGUAGCAGCCUCAGCAGGUCCCAGAAGAGGUGUUAACCCUGUACUUGUGAUGGCCCAUAAAGUUGUAGGUGUAGAUUUAUUAGGAAAGUGGCUGCUCCCUGCAUCUGCUCCCUGUGCGCUGAGAAUCCUCUCUGCUAAAUUUAGGGACAUAAAGAAAUUUUGGCUACUACUUGCCCCGGCUCGCUCCGGAGAAGCCAGCACAGCUCCGAGAGAAGGAGCCGGUUUCUAGUCUGGCUCGUGUAUCAUCAAAAUGAUUGAUAACCGAGCUGUGAUCACAGAGCCGAAUUCCGCAGCAGCCAGUGAGGUUGCAUAAGUGGAACUGGGGACAGAAUUUUUAUCUUCGGGUCAGGCAUCAUCUUUUUGUUCUUUGUACAGCACCUGGCACAAUGGGGUCCUGGGCUAUGACUAGGGGUCCUAGGCCCACCGUAAUAUGCCUAAUAGCAAUAAAAAUGUACAGCAGCCAACACAACAGGAUUUCUGGUCCGUGACUGAGGGUCCGAGGCAUUACAGCAAUACACACAAUUCAUAAUAGUGCACAAGUGAAGAAGUUUGGCCGAUCUUAGUGUGAAUGUUUGAGCCUGGCAGCGUGAGUAACCAUGGAGUGACGGGGUCUCUCAGAUGCUGAGUUUGCUUUAGUUGGGUUUUUUUUUUUUUUUUUUUAAGCCCCUCUUCAAAGUAGAAUGUUGCUCCAAAUUGGGGCCAGAAAACGUGGAAGUUUUGCCAGAAUCUGGGAAUGGAUGACAGGGGAUGGAUCACUUGAUGAUCACCUGUUCUGUUCAUUCCCUCUGGGGCACCUGGCAUUGGCCACUGUUGGAAGACAGAAUACUGAACUAGAUGGACCCUUGGUCUGACCCAGUCUCAUGUUCUUAUGGAAAGUUUGGAAAACUUCAGAAGUGUCUCUUGUGUCGAUCCAACUUUUUUUUCACUAGAAAUUUCAGAAAAAUAGUUUUGUUUUGGACACAUGAACUUUCAGCAAAAAAUCCCCUGCCCCAUUGGUUCUGGAGACAUAACCCUCCAUGUGUGAUUAAGCUGACCCGUCAGAACUGAUCACUCGAAAAGCCACUUAGACUGACCAGCAGGUCGAUUUUUUUUUUUUUUUUUU